AUGCUAGAUAACUCUCUCUCUCUCUCUUUCUCUCUCUCUCUUUCUCUCUCUCUCUCUUUCUCUCUCUCUCAAAAACAGCUUCAUUUCUAUUCAUAUCUCUUCAUUAAUAAAAACAAAAUGAAGACCAACCUUCUUUUUGUUUGUUUCCGUCUUUCUUUCUUUCUUUCCUUCUUUUUUCUUUCUUGCUAUCAUAGCUUCUCUUUUCUCCUUUAUUGCCAUGAUGAGAACUUUCAUUUGCGUCUCCCUUUCUUACUUAUAUAUUCUUUCUUUCUUUCUUUCUUUCUUUCUUUCUUUCUUUCUUUCUUUCUUUCUUUCUCCUUAUUCAUUCUUGCUUCACUUUUAUUACUUUUUCUUUGUUUGAUUCUUUCUUUCUUUCUUUUUCCGUUUGACUUCCUUUUUUCUUUGUUUCUUACAGUUUCCUUCUUUCUUUCUCUCUUUUUCAUUCUUUCUUUCUUUCUUUUUCUUUUUCUUUUUCUCUUUGAUUGCCAUGUUGAGAACUUUCAUUUACGUCUCCCUUUCUUGCUUAUACGUUCUUUCUUUCUUCCUUUUUGUCCUUUCUUUCUUUCUUUCUUUCUUUCUUUCUUUCUUUCUUUCUUUCUCCUUAUUCAUUCUUGCUUCACUUUUAUGUAUUUUUCGUUAUUUUGUUUAUUAAAAAGUAAAAAUGAAGACCUAGUACUUUUUCUUUCUUUCUUUCUUUCUUUCUUUCUUUCUUUCUUUCUUUCUUUUUCCUUUCCUUCUUUCUUUCUCUCUUUUUCAUUCUUUCUUUCUUACUUUUUCUUUCUUUCUCUUUUUCUCUUUGAUUGCCAUGUUGAGAACUUUCAUUUACGUCUCCCUUUCUUGCUUAUACGUUCUUUCUUUCUUUCUUUUGUCCUUUCUUUCUUUCUUUCUUUCUUUCUUUCUUUCUUUACCUCUGUUCUUUCUUGUUUCACUUUUAUGUAUUUGUUCUUCAUUUUGUUGAUUAAUGGAAUAAAAAUGAAAACCUCUUCUUUUUUGUUUGUUUCUUUCUUUCUUUUUCUCUUUCACUUUCUUUUUUCUCUUUCUUUCUUGAAUUUCCCUUCUGUUUUCUUUCCUUUAUUUUUCUUUCUUUCUUUAUUUCUUACAUUUUCCUUUCUUUCUUUCAUACCUUCUCUUUUCUCUUUCAUUGACAUAUUUUUUUUUUUAAAUAAAUUAAAAUCCCUUCUUUUUAUUUGUUUGUUCCUUUCUUUCUUUUUCGCUCUUUCUUUUUUAUUUCUUUUUCUUAAAGCUUCCUUCUUUCGUUCCUUCUUUCCUUCCUUCUUUCUUUCUCUUUCUUUCUUUCUUUCUUUCAUAUCUUCUCCUUUCUUUUUCAUCGCCAUGUUGGUAACUUUCAUUUGCGCCUACCUUUUUUCUAAUAGAUUCUUUCUUUCCUUUAAUCUCUCGCUUUAUUUUUAUACCUCUCUUUCUUUCGAAGACUUUCUUUCUUUCUGA